CGUGCACGAGUUUCGAGAUAUGGCUGCUCCAAUUUAAGGUGAAAAAUAAUGCUUUCCAGCGAAUAGUUAAAUCUCGGAAGAUUAAAAACUAGUGCAUCAGUGGGAGGAACAUCCUGAACGUUUCCUUACCAGGUUUUACGGUUAAUUCCAAUUAAUUCCGAGUGAGCGACGCGCCGCAUAGGUUAGGUCGCCGCUUUCUUGGUGGCCUCGAUUUUGAAUUUGAGGUUUGAAAGGAAAAAAUGUACCCGAAAAUAGUGAAGAUCAUAGCGAUAAGUUGUGAAGAACUCAGCUGAUCUUCGUUGUGUCAGUGGCAAGCUUUGCAGCUGAUCUUUGAAGUACAUCUUUGUCAUGAAUUGUAACUGAGACUGAACACAAUUCAAGGCGAUCACUUGUAGCUGAACACAAGUGUGUGGUAAAAUGGAGGGAGAUCGAGCAACGACAACUGUUCCUGGAAAAGACGAGUCCAAGGGCACUGGCAAAUGUUUAGGCUUGACAACUACGGAAGCUUUGGAUACUCUGCGAAGGGACAUUGCUCGAGUUCUUGAGGAGUAUGAAAAGGACUGCAAGAAAAGCAAGAAGUACAGAGAUUGGUUGAAAGAUACUCUGCACCAUCGCAGUCAGUACACAACUCUGUGCUGGACGUCGGCGAUUGCCCUUCUACUGAACUCUGUCAUACUCAUCGUUGCUUUCUAUGCAGUCAAUGACAUAUGGAAUACCACAUUGCCUUACGAGGGACCGAUCGUGUGUUGCCUUAUCUUGCUGAACUUUACAUUGGUCGCAUCCGACAACAAAUUAAGACACCGAGAAAUUCCCCACAGAGUUCAGCUGUUAUUGCGGAAAGUAGAAGCUGCCAAAUCUAAAUGUCGUUGGGAUUCUGAGAAUUAUCCUCAUUUGUGCAGUCCCCUUUCCCCCUGUUUGACAUUGCAAUGGACCUACAGAGAUGGGCGAAUUGUCAAUCUGCCUUGGGCUUUGCUCGUCGCAGGGGACAUCAUCAUCAUAAAGCCUGGCCAGCAGGCACCAGGAUACUGUGUACCAUACGACGAUCCACAAGCAUCGGUGUUACGCAGCAGGGAAGUCUACAGUCCACAGUGUCAUGGUGCCAAUGAGAUAUUUUCUACACCACAGAUUCGAACGCCUUUAAAGAACAAGCUCUACAAACUUCAGGAGACUCCGUACCUAGCUAACUUGAGACUAGCAUUGGAUCAGGCACUCGACAGGCCUAUUACUUACCAUAAUAAAGAACGGCAUCUAGUUAUGGUGUGCUGCAUCGAGCAAUUGGCAUAUCCGAUUCUUUUGAUAUCAAUUUUCGUGCUUAAUCUCUUUAGAUACUUGUACUUGUUCGAGUAUGUUGGCACCGGUCACUGGACCGAGAUCCUUUUACUGCAACCCGCAGCUGCAACUCUGCCGCUACUGCCACUGGUGUUUCCAGCUUGCUGGAUAGUCCUAAACUGUUUCGGUAUGGCGAGGUUCAAGGCCCUCUUCAAGCUCUAUCAGUCGUCAAAGAAGAUGCCGUUUUUAGAUCCUUUCGAAGACGUUGACAUCUCUGGACCAACUCAUCCCGAUGUCUUGUACAACUGGUCGGAGGUGACGGACUAUUUCUUUGCAAUUCUCUGCGGAAAGGAACACAUGAUGUCGAGGUCCGCCAGCAUACUUCACGUACUGGGCUCUGUUACGGCCUUGUGCUGCAUCGACAAGAAAGGUAUUUUAUCCUGGCCUAAUCCAACUGCUGAGAAGGUCUUCUUUUUGAGGAAUGCAAGUGCAGUGUCUCGUGCCUCCAGCACCGUAAGUUUGGAAAAACCUGAUUCCAAUCGGCAGUCUGACCCAAGCAGUAAACACGCAGACGAGACUGGAGGCACACGUUAUGUACAACACGGAGAUUCCUCCCAUUCGGUAGCCGAAGUGUUAGAUUUGACGCACGAUCACGCAUUGCCGUUUCGCCUUCAGUUCGAUGACCAUGCAUGGCGUCAACACUUGAACUCAUUGAAGCCUCUCGGACUGGGGAUUCUUCUCAACACUUGUAAUAUGGAGACCCAGGAGCAUUACAUGCAAUUCUGCUGUCAUGUAACCUGCGAAGCACUACACAAUGAGAAUCUGGUGCCAGUGACAAACAGAAGAUGUCUGUGCGAAUUGGCAAAGCAAAUUGGUUUCCAAGAGCAGGCUCAGGAGAUAUUCCAACUGGACCGUCAACUCUCUACAUUUAGACACGUGCAGCCAGAGAUGGUCAGGAGGGAUAUAAAGUUUGCUCGGUCCCUGAGCAUCGCAACGAAGUUGAAAUUCCCAUUUCCACACAUGGUGGCGGUGGUCGUCAAAGAACGUGCUGGUGGUGGGCUGCAAUUGUUGACGCAGGGCACUGCAGACAUUAUCCUUGACACUUGCAUCGACUUCUGGGACGGACACGAUCUCUGCCCUCUCUCAGCCUCCGACAGGAAAAAGGUGCAAGAUUUUUACCAGCGGACCAGCCUAACCUCUUACUGCACUGCCUUCGCAUACCGGCCACUGACACGUGGGAUUAACAGCAAGCUGUCGAGUGUGUACUUAGAGCUGCCGGCUGACAGUAAGCAUCUUUAUACUCCGCACAGGAGUCCCACUCCUUUGCCGUGGGACUUUAGAAACGUUCUGGAUCCCAGAGUGAAGGGAUUACUCGGGCAGUUUCAUUCGACCGAUUCCCUCCUGUGCAGCGAGAAUCGCGAGGAGGAGGUAAACGACGUUGAGAGCUGUUUCGAGCUCCAGUGCAACCAAGUAUUCAUCGGUAUGGUCACUAUGCAGUACCAAGCGCAGACGGAUAUGGUCCAGCUUAUCGAGCAGCUAGAAAGAGCCUGCAUCAGGUUCGUCCACUUUAGUAAGGAGAACGAGCUCAGGUCGAGAGUCUUCUCGGAGAAGAUGGGCCUGGAGAGCGGAUGGAACUGUCACAUUUCCCUACUCAGCGAGAGAGCUGCCAGGUCGGAGAGUCCUGCAGGCUGGUGGGCGAACCAGGGAGCUACCGUGUCCUCUCCGACGACCUCCGUCAAGUCUCAGAGCCAGAAGCAAAAUGCCUCUCGUAACGAGGAAGCUAAUCAUCUGCUGGAACACGUCUCUUCCAGGACGAACCUGGAUAACUGCAGGUUAAUGAGCAUGUCGGCGCCCAGUGCGAUUAAUACCGAGCUCGCCACUGUUAAGUUUGAGGAUGGUGCCACCGAAUGGAACGUCACUGUCGAUCGCACACAGGCUAAAAGCGUUGCGAGUCAUAGGGAACAGGACAUCGUUAGGAGCGAAGACAGUGUAUUGGUUCAGAGCGUAGACCUGGGAUCUGUUCCGGAGGCCUGGCAGUCCCUGAGUUGCCUGACCGACAGCACUGAGCAGAGCGCACCUGUCAAUUUUGAUCUGUCAAACAGGGCCAAGCUGCCUCGGGGCAUCGACAAGAUCAGACCUCAUCUGGAACUGAUCGACAAUGUGCCACUUCUAGUCUCGCUGUUUACUGACUGUAACACUGCGGUGACCAGAGAGAUGCUGCACAUCAUGCAGGACUAUGGAGAGGUCGUCUGCGUGCUGGGCUCCUCGGCUAAUUCCGAGAACAUGCCGAUAUUCAUGCAAGCUGAUGCAGGGGUGGCGGUGGAACCUUUAUACCCACAAGUGUGUCAGCGAGUACCUGUCAUGACUCCAACGAAGGAAGACCAGGGACCUUCUCCAGUUGACCUGAGCCGAGAGCUUAAUUCGGUGUCCUGUUCACUAAGUGUCAAAAGAGAAGAUCCCAUUGCCUUGUACCACCUUGUCAUGGAGGCGAGGCAUUACAUGAAGUGCCUGUGGAACUGUGUGCAAUUCUGGCUGUGCUGUGUAGUGACAGCGUCUGUGGCUCAAUCGCUGUCUGCAUUUUUGUUGCUACCACCGAUGUUCACCGUUGGCCAGGUUUUGUGGCUCAGCUGUGUGAUCGUUCCUCUGCUGUCGGUGUCUAUGGUGGCAACCCCUACAGACCCCAUGAUAAUGCAGAGAGCUACUGGGAAGAAUCAGUGCGUCGUCACUUUGCAGGUCGCCUUGUUCGUGCUAUGGUGCUACGGGAGCAAAUUCCUGCCUACAAUUGUCACCAUAGUCCUAUCGCAAAGUCUCUCGUUGAUGACUCUGUGUCCACAUUACGUGCCGCAAGGUUCUAAGUGUGUCUACGUGUAUCCUAACGUGGAAGGAAGUGAUUCCUGGGGAGGAUGGGGUGCAAGGCCGAAUGUCAUUCUGGUUGUGCAGCAUUUUGCCCUCGCACUGAUGGUUCUACACUUUGUAACCAUAUCAACGAGCUUCGUUCACCGGGAGUACUCCAUCUGGAGGAAGCUGCCCAUUGACAACUGGAUCUGGUUCCUUGCGGCCCUUGUGACGUUAUGUGCACAGGCAGUUUUUUCUGGAACAGUUCUCUGUGAGUUCUGGAGAGGAGACGGUCGCAGGAUCGAUGACUUUCCUCUUCACCUGCCUCCAUUCUUCUUGCUCUCUGUGCCACUGGUCUUCGCUGUCAACGAGCUUGUCAAAUGGCAGGAAAUCAAAGUGAACGUAAGAUACCAGAAACGAGCUCGACUGGAAUUCGGCACGAAGUUGGGCAUGAACUCGCCGUUUUAGAGUAGAUUAUUCGAAGAGGCUCUCCGAAAUUCUCCAUUUGCAUCCCACGAGUUGUCAAAAGAUUACUCGAGGGAGAAAUACCUUGACUGCUGGAUCGAUGGAUCCCCAACUUGGCGAUGGACUCGCCGAAGGGCUCUGCAAGCUAACCGAACUGCCUUGUGUGCUCAAUGUGUGGAAGUGUUGCGGAGUGCAAGUUUAAUUCUCAAUAGGUGCCGUACCCAUGGCUAGUGUUCGAUAAAAGAUUCAAGCAACUCUGUCUGUUCUUACAGUCUGGAUUCCGUGAGUACUCGCAGUGUACGUUGUAUAGCUACAUCGGGACAAUUUUAACGUACACGUUUGACCUGUGAUUUUGUACAGCGUGUAUCUGUGUACUUCAACGAAUAGUAACAAAUGCCAAGA